UGUGAUGCAUUUCCUUCAAAAGCUGAAUAAAAAUCAAGAUUCCUCCUUUUUUAACGCUGCGUGCCCUUUGCUGCUGUUCGAGCCAACACUCCCCCACGUGUUAGCAUUACUUCAACCUGACAAUCUGACAGUGGGAUUUCCUGCAAGCAAGAGUAGUGUGUGGGCUGCUCUGUGGAGCUGGGAUGUGCAGGGUCAUGUGCAAAUGCGUUGGUGGCAAAAUGUACAGUAUUAGCUUCUAAGAAUAUUCAGCGGUGCAGAAAAAAGGCGAGAUGUCCUGGCGAUCAGAAUGAAACACAUGCUCUCUGGGUCUUUAAGUGACAUCUUUUAAAUCUUGUGUAAAUGUUUCUUGCUAACAUACUGAGUGUGCAAAGAGAGGAUUACAAGAAAAUACAUUUUUUAAUCAGUUUGUGCCAUCUAGUGGUGGUUAUAGGCACAGUCCCUCUGCUCAAUGUGAAGGCAAUAAUUCCCAGGAGGCUUGAACGCAGCAGGUUACCAAGACAACAGUACACAAGCGGAGGCAAAAACAUGCUAAAGAGGAAGAAAUUGGACUCUCUUUCUAUUCACUUCUUAAUGGAUCUAUAAAGAACGUACACAGGAAGGAAUCAGUGCUAACGUAAGCAGCUUUAUGCAGUCAGAGCCUCAUAUUGCUGCAAGAUCUAAAAAAAAAAAAAACAGGUAAUGAGUGAAAAAUCUUGAAGUAUUCCAAGAACAAAUGAUGAAAUUACUUUUAUUUUUUUAUGUUUGCAGAUAUGAGGAGAACACAACGGAGCCCGUUUCAAAUCCCAGAUGAUAGCAGCUUUUUUCAGUUUGGUGCAAAUGAAAGAAAAGAGCAAAAAGAGGAGAUGCGUAAAUACCUGGCAUUGCCAAUUGGAGAGAAGACAUCCCACGCUGCAAGAAUGAGAGCCAAGCUGAAGAAUGAGCUGGUGGGAGAGCCGGAGGAGGAGGAAGAGGAGAAAAAGAGGACUCUGAAGCAAAGCAAGAGUAACACGGGAGUCACUAAGCAGGCAUCUGGAAAACGGGAUCUGAAACUUUUCCCGGUGAAAAGGGAAAACAUCACAAAGCAAAGCAAAUAUGAAUUCAUCUCCAUGGAACGACAAAAAGCUGUUUUGGAGUUAUCUCUGAUAGCAAAGCGGUCAGAGAUUUUGAAGAUGGACAGAGCCAUAGUGAAAGAAGAGAAGCAGCUGAGAGAACUUGAGAAGGACAUUGAGAUGCAGAACCAGAGGUUUGAGGAGUUCCUCAAGGAGAACGAGAGAAAGUCCGUGGAGGCCAGAACCCUCUUUGAACAGGAGGACAAAUUAAAGCAGGAGAAGAAUGCUGAGAUUAAGAAGCUCACGGCAGAAAUAGGGAUCAUAAAAAGAGAAAUCUUUGGGUUUGAAGAAACCCUGAUGGACUACAAGCGAUACAAAGACUUUCUGCACCGACUUUCUCCUCCAGAGUGGCAGGAGGAGCAGAAGUUAAAGGCCUUGAAGGCUAAAAAAUCCUCUGAUAAAGAUAGAGAAGAAAACCAGGAGGUGACGCUCAAAAAUGAUGUGGAGAGGAAGCCGUCCAGUUCAGACAGACGAGAGGCGGAGCUCUCAUCGGCUCACCUCAGUGAUGCAGGCACUGAUGACAGCUCUGACUAUGAGGAUGAUCCAGGAAUGUACUUCACCGACCCCCAGCAGCUGCUGGACCUGAUGGCGGAGCUGACCGAGCAGAACCUCGCUCUAAUCCAGGACUCUGCGAGGGUGGAGGAGAAGCUGGAGGAGCUCCAACAUGCAAUAGAGGCCACGAGGAGAGAGAUUGAUGAAGAUUACCUGCAGAUCAAAGUGCAGAUUGAUGACGUGAAGCAGAGAAGAGAAAGAGAGCGAGCGAGAGCCGCCAAGCUCCAGCAGAAGGUUCAGCUCCACGUGUCCCUGAGCACAGAGGACCGGGAUGCGAUGUUGGAUGCUCUCGGUGAGAAAGUGGCAAAGGUCCACCGGAGCUGCGUGGACGACCGUAUGACCAACCUCAGCACCUUUGAGAAGGUGGCUGACAUCGAGAGUCGCAUGCUGUCACUGCUGGAGGGCCUGGAGAGCAUCCCUGGAGAGACGCUGGAGAACAUGAGGAAAAUCAAGGAGAGUGAGAAGAGGACCAGACAGCGUGAGGAAAAGUUAAGGGAGCAGAAAGAGAAACAGGAAGAAAGGAUGAAGAGAUACCAGGAAAGAUCUUUUUCUGACUCAAAGAAAAAGAGUGGGAGAAAGCUUGUGCCCAGAUGCAUGCCCAUUCCACACAAGGUCAAAGUCAAGACUGUGGAGAAGAAUCCUGCUGAAGAUGAGAUCCAUGAGUAUCUCUUUGGUUCUGACCACACCGAUUAGAA